AAAGAAGGCUAUAGCAACAUACCCACACCUGGGCCAUACAUGGUAUUCAACGCGAAGAGCGGGACCGUUCUCGACCUCUCAGGAGCAGAUCGCCAGAGCGUAAUAGGCUAUCCAGCACACUGGCGAAACAACCAACAAUGGGAGUUCAUACCGAGCGGGAACGGUUAUGCCAUUCGAUCC